AUGUUCCAACCCGAUAGUUCAAUGGCCAACACCGAAAGCCAAACUCUUACCCAUGAUGCUACUCAACAAAAACAAUAUUCCCUUGAGAUUGCUCAUGACUGUCGGAAAGGCACACAGAAGUCCACUGACAAGUCGGCAGACUCCGUCAACUUGCCCGAACCUAGCAGGACCCAGUUGGAGACGACAGUAAUCAUGGGUGCUCUCGCCUUGUCCCUCUUCCUUUCCGCCCUGGACACUACCAUCAUCACAACUGCUGUCCCCACCAUUGUCAACCAGUUUAACGCUCCUGCUGGUUACGUUUGGAUUGGUAGUGCCUAUCUUCUUGGCAACGCUGCCAUCGUCCCCAUUUGGGGAAAGAUGUCCGAUAUUUUUGGCCGCAAGCAGAUUUUGCUCAUCGCAGUCAGCAUAUUCUUGUUAGGGUCGCUUCUUUGUGCAAUUAGUCAAAGCAUGGGUAUGCUUAUCGCUGCCAGGGCUAUCCAAGGCGUUGGUGGUGGAGGUGCUAUUGCGUUGCCUAACAUGUGUGUUUCCGAUCUCUUUUCUCUACAGGAGCGCGGCUUGUAUUUUGGUCUGCUAAGCAGUGUUUGGGCUUUGGCAUCAGCCAUAGGUCCUGUAAUUGGCGGUGUCUUCACAGACAAAGUUUCUUGGCGUUGGUGCUUUUACAUCAACCUUCCCAUUGGCGGGGUUUCUCUUGCUGUUUUGGUCUUCUUUCUCAAGCUGCACAAUCCCCGCACGCCUCUUAGAGAAGGCCUUGCUGCCGUCGAUUGGGUUGGUAACCUACUUGUUAUUGGUGGCACGCUCAUGGUGCUUAUGGGUCUUCAGUUUGGCGGUGUUGAAUACGCCUGGAAAUCCGCCACAGUUAUCUGCCUCAUUGUGUUUGGCACGGUUACCAUUACACUCUUCUACAUCUACGAGUAUAGGUUUGCCGACUAUCCUGUCAUUCCUCCGCGCAUCUUCCGCUACAGGAACAGUAUCUCCGCCUAUAGCUUGAGUAUCAUGCAUGCCAUGGCUUUUCUCGGUGGUACGUACUGGUUGCCUCUGUAUUUCCAGGCUGUGCUCGCAGCCAGCCCACUCAUGUCUGGAGUGUACCUGCUGCCGUACAUUGUUUCGUCCUCGUUCCUUUCGGUAGGCGCUGGCAUACUUAUUAAGAAAACUGGACACUUCCGAUGGCCCAUUGUUAGUGGUCUGUUUAUUAUGACCAUUGGACUUGGCCUCCUGACCUAUCUCGAUGACAAACCUCGCUGGGACCGGAUUAUCAUCUUUCAGAUCAUCGCUGGACUCGGAUCUAGCACCGGCUUUCAAGCGCCCCUAAUCGCCCUUCAAACAACUAUAGAGCCCCAAGAUAUUGGGCCUGCCGUUUCUGCCUACGCUUUAGCUCGUCAAAUUGGUACCUCUAUUUCUGUCAUCAUUGGCGGAGUUAUCUUUAACAAUGUCAUGAGCUCGAAGCAAAGCCGUCUAAGGUCCACUAUCGGCCCACAACUCGCCUCAGAAUUCAACGGCCAAGAUGCCUCCGCCAGUAUCCCGAAGAUUGCGGGCCUUCCUACGGAUCAAAAGCAGAUUGUUAGAGCUGUCUACUGGGAUGUGUUGCAGAAGGUGUUUAUCCUGUAUGCCUGUGUCAGCUUUGCUGGCUUUCUUAUCAGCUUGUUUGUUAGGCAAACUAAGUUAUCUCAGGAGCAUAGCGAGUACAAAACUGGCUUGCAUUUUCUUAGAGAAGGCAAUGGAAAGACCAAGAAGACUAAUGAGGAACAAGCUACCUAA